AUGUAUAAUAUAACAAUGAUGAUGAAUCAUGACAAUAUCUCUCACUUGAGAGAAAUCUUUGAUGAAUGCGAUGAAAAUCAAAGUGGAUAUAUCAACAAGGAUCAAUUGAGAGAAUUGGUUGCAAAGAUUACUUCAACUGGAUUGGAAGAAGAAGAGUUAGAUACAUUAAUGAAAACAUUGGAUACAGAUAAUGAUGGUCAAAUUGGGUUUCAAGAAUUUGUCGAUGGUUAUAAUCUUAUAGAUCCAGAGUUAUUACUUGAUGAUGACGAUGAUGAUGAUGAAACUAAUUUCAAGAAAAUUAUGGAUGUAAUUCAAACUGAUAGAAAUAAUAAUAGUACUAGUAAUUCAAUAGAUACUGAAAAUAUAUUACCACCAUCACCAAUCGAUUAUGAAAAAUAUCUAAGAGAAAUAUUCAAUCAAUAUGAUGACGAUGGAGACGGAAUUAUAAAUAAUGAACAAUUGCGAACCUUGUUGGCAGAUAUCAAGGAUAAGAGCGGUAUAGAGGGAGACGAUGAAGACGUAGAUUAUAUUGUGCAGGUAUUAAACAAUGAUGGAAAAGAUACCAUUACAUUUGAAAAUUUCAUUACUGCCAUUGAACACAUCAACUCUCCUUCUCAAGAAUCUCCAACCGUCUCAUCAUUUGAACCAUCAAUCUCGGAUGAACAACAACAACAACAAACUGUACAGUCGGCUACAUUAAUUGAUUUGGAUUCAAAUGAUGAUCAACAUAAUCACCAUCAACAAAAUAAUCAACAACAACAUAACCAAGAUGAACAUAUUAAUGAACAUGGAGAAUCAUCUGGAUUUUCAUCAUCAAGAAAUAAUUCAUCAUUUAGAUCUGGUGUUAGAGGACGUGCAUCUAGUUGGGUAGCACCCGUUUCGAUUGUUAAUAUGAUCAAGAAACGUGCAGAGAUGUUUGCCAAGGAGGAGAAUACACAGGUGUAUACGGAUGCGUCGGUUGAUCCAAACGUGUUUGUCGAGUACAAGCGUAAGGAGGCAUUGCUGCGUUCCGAGAAUGAGCAUCUUGGCAGUAAGAUCAAUAUGGUCGAGGACCAGUUACGAGAGGUGCGCGAGUCGCACGAGAAGCUGUCCGAAGACAACGCACAACUCAAAGAAUCGGUCGUCAUUGGCAAAAAGACGUUGGUGCAAAACCAGAAGCUAGCGUCACAAAACAAACAGCUCGAAGAGACGAUCGAGGUAUUAAAGAGCGAGUUGAUGAUGGCGACAGACGCCCGUAACGAGUUGCAGCGCACACACAAUAAGCUCAAGCAGCAUCAAGACGGACUGUUGGUACAACUCGAGACUGCCACUUCACAGUUGUCAUUGGGCCGCGAAAAGAUGGCUGAACUCGAGGAACAACACGCCAAAAACGCACCACUCCUCAAAAAGGCACAUUCAUUCCAACAAUUCCCACCCCAAGAGAUUGAGCAAAUGCGUGAAGAGAAUGUAUUACUCAAACAACAACUUGAAAAGGAGCAAAGCAAGGCACAAGACAGUGUCAAGUUAUUGUCGGAAGAGUAUGCUUUGCUCAAGAAAAAGAGUAAGGAGGAUAAGGCACUUUUGGACUCGUCCAACCAGAUCAUUCACAAGCUCAAGCAGACACUAGAGGAGCAACAGGGACGCACCCACAACUCUGACCCCAACUACAAGUUGUCGUUACUCAGCGAGCUUGAACAACAGGUAGUCACCCGUCUCGGUACACCUGGAACACUCGACUAUGGUAGUACGUCUAGUUUGGCUGCUUUUGACGUUCCCAUAACCCCCGCAUCGACACCUACCAAUGGAUCAGAACCCAUCGCCAUUGCCAUGGCCAACGGUCGUACACGUCCACCUCGUCCAGUCGAUCAUGACGACGACAGUCUCGACUCGCUCUCUGAAGACGCCCACAAUGAACGUAUCGACGAGCUUCAACAACGCAAUGACCAACUUGAAAAGGAACGUGUCAUCCUCGACCAACAAGUCAAGACACUCCAAGAAAUGCUCGACACUAGCAGCAGUCAGAUUAAAAUGAGUACCGUCACCAUCGAGGAAAAGGAAAAGGAAAUUGUACAAGCAAAACAAUCAAUGGAACAAACCAAAAACGAGAUUGAACAAACUAAAAAGGAAAUGGAACAAACCAAAAAGGAAAUGGAACAAACUAAACUUGAUAUGGAACAAACUAAAAGAGUAUUGGAAGAGAGAGUGACAUUAGAGACAAAGACACUUCAAGAUCAAAUACACGAGUUGACAAUGUCCAAUGCAGAGAUGACACAGACCAUGUUGGCAUCAUCAUCGACGUUGGAGAUGGCUACUGGACAGGUAUCAGAGUUGCGUCAACAACUAGAGAAAAAGGUUGAGGUGGCCGAACGUCUCUCUGAAGAGAACCGUUUACUCAAGAGCCAGAUUGACACGUCUGGUCCUGCACCCAUCGACCCUGUACAUAUCAAAGCUGAACAAACUCAAGGCGAGUUACUCUUGCUCAAACAGCGUGUCGAAGAGCUAGCAUCUAAAAACAAUAGUCUUGUCAGUGAAAACUCACAACUCAAAGAACAACAAAGUUUCUCUCCCCUCACCUCUCCAACUACAUCUAAACGUGAUAUUCAUGAACAAGAAGAAAUACAAGACAAGGUAGAAAGCAAUGAGAAUCAAAUUGGUGGUACUUCUGCUGUACUCCUUUCAGAGACAUCUCAACAUUCAAUCAACGAUCUUCAUUCACAAGUAUCAACAUUGACCGACAUCAAAGAUCAACUUGAAAAGGAUCUAAAGAAAUACCAAAAGAUGCAAGCUGAUACUACCACUGCACAAGUUGCCAACAGUUCAUUGGUCGAUCAAUUGCAAAAGGAAACACAAGCACUCAAAUCAAACGGUCAAAAACUAGAUGAAAAGUAUCGUAUCGUCGAAUACCAAUUCCAACAAGCCACCGAUCAAUGCAAUGAAUUAAAAGAACAAAAUCAAACUCUCCAAGAAAGAAUUGAAAUGAUUAAAUUGGAAUAUGAAACAAAAGUUAGUCAAUCAAAUUCUCAUUUUGAAAAGAAAAAUAAGAUUAUAAAGGAAAAUGAAGAAUUAAAACAAAGAUUAAAACGUUAUGAAUCAGAGGAUCAUCAAAUAGAUAUCAUUGAAAUGGAAGAUGAAACUAAAACACUACGUGUAAAGGUUGAAGAUCUAUCAAACAGACUGCAAAACGAAAGAAAUCUCAACAAACAUUUACAAUCACAACUCGAUCACUCUGAUCAAUCUCCACUCAUUCCAGGUGGUGGCAAUAGUACCAACUCUGCUUAUCAUAAUAGAAGACAAUGUUGUGGACUUUGUUAA